UCCUUCCUGCCAGAUAUGUCCCAUCCCGUCGCGAGCGAGACUACACCUCUCAUCGCAGAUACAAACGCACAAGAUGUUGACAUUAAUGUCAUUUCCAGCGACUCGCGACAUGAUGUGCUCCUUAAAAUCACGGCGACGAUGUUUUCCUUCGCCAUCCUCGGUAUAUUCACGGCUUCCACUGGAGUCAUGCUUCCCCCGUUAACAAAACACUACUCCUUAACCGACAUUCAAGUGAGCACGCUCUUUCUGGUAGUUCCAGUGGGAUAUAUACUAUCUGCUUCAACAAAUUCACUCGUUCAUUCCAACCUCGGUCAGCGCGGAGUUGCGAUCAUUGGGCCUCUUCUACAGGUCGCUUCAGCCGUGAUUGUCGCAUUGCAUCCGAAGCAAUUUGGCGUCAUUGUCGCGGGAUGGGCUAUCAUGUCUAUGGGUGCGGGACUGAUUGAUGGCAGCUGGUGUGCUUUUGCCGCAGGAAUGGGCGAUAAAGCGAACAGAGUCAGUGGGUUCCUACACGGGAGCUACUCUGUGGGGGCCUCGGCUGGGCCUUUCAUAGUGUCAGCCAUGAUGGCCAACGGGGUCGAAUGGUGGAUUUGGUACUGGAUCAUGACUGGAGUAGCGGUGCUUCAACUAUUAAUCCUGCUGAUCGCAUUCAGACACUCUGAUGCUCACACAUACCAUCUAAACAGGCAGGCUUCAUCUUUGUCGAUCACUUCUAUCCAGACAGCGAAGUUUUCUCCCAAUGCUAUGUUUGCAUACCCCGCUCUCUGGAUCUCUGCCCUCUAUUUUCUCAUGUACGUUGGCAACGAAACUGCGAUAUCGGGUUGGAUCGUCUCAUUCAUGACGCGCGCACGCCAUGCCUCGCCUUACAUCUCCGGCAUAUCAUCGUCUGGGUACUGGGGCGGAAUGACAUUAGGUCGUCUUGCCCUAGGCCCUGUCACAGACAGGAUCGGUGCAAGGACAGGCGCGAUCGUGUAUCUCUGCUUUGCAAUCUUGCUGCAACUCAUAUUCGCUCUCGUACAUUCAGCCAUCGCUUCAGUCGUCUUAAUGACUCUGCUGGGGUUCUCUAUGGGUCCUUUAUUUCCCAGUGGAGUCGUGGUUCUGACGCAGCUUCUACCACAUGAGAUGCACGUCAAUGCUGUUAGUUUUGUAUCCUCGCUAGGUCAGGUCGGCGGUGCUGCCUUGCCUUUCGGUAUCGGCGCUGUGGUGGAUACGCUCGGGAUUGGUGUGUUUCGUUGGGUCAUAUUGAUUUUCUCGGUUGUGUCUUUAGGAAUGUGGUGUUUAUUUGCUGGUCUACGACCCAAGGCAGACGCAGAGGAAUCGAGUGGUGAUCAUAUUGCCGAGAGCGCUGAAUCGUGA